UGCGGAAGCCCCGAUCCCAUCUCGAGAAACGUUUCUUUGCUCGACGGAACUGAUUAAUCUGAGAUGGAUGAAGUUUCUCUCAACACUGAGCCAACAGGUGAUGAUGAUAUUGAUGAUUUUGAGGUUGUUGGGGAUUAUGCAAUGACAGAAUAUGUAGGUCAAACUGGUACAAUCCAAAAUCCCCUGCCUUCUGCAGUUGGAAUGGAGUUUGAAACGUAGGAGGAUGUAUAUUACUUCUACAAUUGCAAUGCCAAAGAACAAGGAUUUGGUGUCAGAGUUAGCAAUACAUGGUACAGAAAAAGUAAAGAAAAAAUACGGAGGAAAACUUAGCUGCAAUAGUGCAGGUUUCAAGAAGAAAAGUGAAGCAAAUCGCCCAAGACCAGAAACAAGGACUGGUUGUCCAGCAAUGAUAAAGUUCAGGUUGAUGGAAAAUAAAAGGUGGAGAAUUAUUGAAGUCGAGCUUGAGCACAACCACUUGUUUAGCCCAGCAAGUGGAAAGUUUUAUAAGUCACAUAAGCACAUAGGUCCUGGAACCGAAAGAACAUUGCAGUUAGAUGGUGCUGAUGAGGUACAAAAAAUUCGGCUUUUUCGAACUGUUAUUAUUGAUGCUGAGGGAAAUGGAAAUGUAGAUGUUAACGGAGAAUUUGGGAAUAAUGUUGACCAUGCCAAUAAAUUGAAGCUUAAACCAGGAGAUGCCCAAUCUGUUCAUAAUUUCUUUUGUCGCUUGCAGUUGAUGGAUCCUAACUUCUUUAAUGUGGCAGAUCUAAAUGAAAAAGGAUGCUUGAGGAAUCUAUUCUGGACUGAUGCAAGGUCAAGAGUUGCAUAUAGGUAUUUUGGUGAUGUAGUUUCAAUUGACACUACAUGCUUGGCAGACAAAUAUGAUGUGCCUCUGGUUUCAUUUAUUGGCAUGAAUCACCAUGGACAAUCAGUGUCACUGGGCUGUGGUUUACUUGCAGGUGAGACCAUUGAAUCUUAUACAUGGGCGUGGCUUGCAUGCAUGUUGCUGUUAGUGUUGCUGAUGUUUUCCCAAGUGCUUAUCUUGUUUUUCCUUAUCGCAUAUCAUGCAAAAUGUUCCAAAUAAGUUACAAGGAUUGUUUGAAUAUGAAGCAAUUAGAGUGGCCUUAGAGAGUGUCCUGAGGAAUUUGAAACAUCUUGGGAAGACAUCAGCGGCAGACCCACAUGGGGUCACAUGGGGUCAAGUGACCCCAUUUGGGUUUUAUUUUUUAUUUUUUUCAAUUUUGCCCCAUAACAAAACUAAAUUAUAAAAUUACGGUAAACUAAAUUAAUUAAAAAAUUUGACUUUCUCUAAUAAUAUCUUUCCCCCUUUUUUCCCCAAUCUCAACUUUUUCUCUUGCCCAGCGUGCUCCACUCCAUCUCUCCAAUCCCUAUUUUCCUCUUCCCCAACCCCAGCGUGCCCCACCACUCAAAUGAAGAAUAGCCGCUGCUUUUAGAAUCUCUUUUAAGAGUAAGAAUAUUUGUUGAUUUCAUUUUUUUACUUGAUUCAAUUAUUGAGUUUUGUUUAAUUAAUUUCAUUUUAAGUUCUCUAGAAUGUUCUUUAUAGUGUUGUGCUCAUGGGUAAUUUUGAUUAGCUUUCACUAUGUUUCUUCAAGCACAUGUAGAAUUUUAUUUUUUUUCUGCAUAAAUGGUGAGGUUGUUGGCAUGUUGCUGUAGUUUUGUGUUUGGCUGACUACUACUUUUUAUCUUAUAAGUGUAUUUUAAUUUAUUGAGCUGUCAAGCAAAAGCAAGAAAUGGGUUGUUGACUUGUUCUUGUAUCAAGAAGACAAGAACUCUCGAUAAAAAAAAAAAUUAAUCUUAUUGGAAAAAAAAAAAUUAAUCUUAUUGGAAAAAAAAAAAUUAAAGUUUUUAGAAUUAAAUUUCUUUUGUUGUUUUGAUUUAUAACAUUAGAAUGAAUUUAUGCUAUUUGAAUUAUAUGUAA